AUGGCAACACGACACAUUACACGAAGGCUUUGGAAACCCAAAUUCCCUACGAAAUGUCAGCGCCGAGGUCUUGCACUACAAGAGCACCAGUCUAAACAGCUCUUGAGAGAGUUCGGCAUCCCAGUGCAGAAUGGAAAAGUAGCAACCACGCCUGCCGAGGUGCCGGGUAUCAUGCGUGAAUAUGGUAAAGUCAUCUCCCUUCUUACCAAUCUAUCUAGCAUACUGACCACCAGUCUUACAGGCGGCAAAUGUGUCAUCAAAUCACAAAUCCUCAAGGGCGGUAGAGGCAAAGGCACAUUCGACAAUGGAUUCCAAGGGGGCGUCAAAAUCGCAAAACUCCCCGAAGAAGGCGAGCAUAUAUCCUUUCAGAUGCUGGGCCAUCGCCUUAGAACCAAGCAGACUUCAGGAGAUGGUAUCCUCGUCGAAAAAGUGCUGGUAGCUGAGUUUGAAGAAUGCGAUGAGGAGUGGUAUCUCGCCAUAGCCCUCGAUCGCGAAAAGUACUCACCUGUCAUUCUCAUCUCAAGAAGUGGCGGUGUCGAUAUUGAGGACACUGCUAAGGGCGAGGGCGGUAGCUUGAGAAGCUUCCACUUUGACUAUGACCAAGGCAUCACUCCAGAUGUUCUGAAACGUCUGCGUAAAGGUGUUGGUGCGAGUUCUGCUGAGGCGACAAAGCUCGGCGCUAUUCUAACCCGCCUUUGGGAUCUCUUUGUGAGCAGAGACGCCACGCUUCUAGAGAUCAACCCGCUUGCUCGCACCGGCGUAGCUGACUUCAAGUGUCUCGACGCCAAAUUUCUGAUUGACGAUGCUUCGCAGCGCCGGCAGCCCGAGCUAUUCGCUGAGCGAGAUAUCCAAGCUGAAAUUCCCGAGGAGAUUGAGGCGCAAAAGUAUGGAUUGGUAUAUAUCAAGAUGGAAGGGAAUAUCGGCAAUGUAGUCAACGGUGCAGGUCUUGCUAUGGCUACUAAUGACGCUAUUGCUCAUCACGGCGGUGCAAGCGCGAAUUUUCUCGAUGCAGGUGGCCAGGCUACGCAGAGCACUAUGCAAAAGGCGUUUGAGAUUAUUCUUCGGGAUGAUAGAGUCAAGGUGAUCCUCGUUAAUAUCUAUGGAGGCAUUAUCAAAUGCGAUAUGAUCGCUGAGUCCAUCAUCGGUGCCACUAAAGAGCUUGGACGAUUGCCUGUCCCGCUUGUUGUCCGGCUGCAGGGGACCAAUUCGGCUGAAGGAUUGAAAAUUUUGGAGGAUGCUGAUCUUGGAUUCCAUGUUGAGUCUGAGUUUGGAGAGGCAGCAAAGAAGGCAGUCGAACUUUCCAAGUCCUGA